AUGGCGGCCACCACGGAUCUGAACACCUACAAGUUCAACCACUCGAUGAUUCGAGUCAAGGACCCCAAGGAGUCUGUGAAAUUCUACGAGUUUCUCGGAAUGAGCGUCAUCCGCAAGGCCGAAUUCCCUGAAGCCAAGUUUGAUCUUUACUUCAUGGGAUACAACAGCAAAGGUGCGACUUCAUUCGGAAACUCUUCUCUCGACCGCGAGGGAGUCAUUGAGCUCACCCACAACUACGGCACUGAGAGCGACCCCAACUACACCAUCAACAAUGGAAACAAGGACCCUCACCGCGGAUUUGGCCACACUUGCAUUUCCGUCGACAACCUCCAGGCCGCUUGCCAGCGCAUCGAGGAUGCCGGCUACAAGUUCCAGAAGAAGCUGACCGAGGGACGAAUGAACCACAUUGCUUUUGCUUUGGAUCCCGAUGGAUACUGGGUUGAGGUUAUUGGCCAGAAGCCUCUUGAGGAGACUGCCAGCAUCAAGGAGACUGAUAACCACACCAUGAUCCGUGUCAAGGAUCCUCAAAAGUCCCUCAAGUUUUAUCAGGAGGUCUUGGGCAUGUCCCUCUUCAGAACCAGCGAGGCUCCCAACGCAGGAUUCAACCUCUACUUCCUUGGCUAUCCCGGCACCCAGGGUGUCCCCCAGGAAGGCAAGACCAGCGAUCGUGAAGGUCUCCUUGAAUUGACCUGGAACUAUGGCACCGAAAAGGACGAAGCCUUUUCUUACCACAACGGCAACAGCGAACCUCAAGGCUUCGGCCACAUCUGCGUUUCUGUAGAUGACCUGGACGCUGCUUGCCAGCGGUUUGAGGACCUCAAGUGCAACUGGAAGAAGAGGCUGACGGAUGGCCGCAUGCGCAACGUUGCUUUCUUGCUGGACCCCGAUGGAUACUGGGUUGAGGUCGUCCAGAACGACAGAUACAGCAACAAGCAGACGCUGGAUGCCUCCAGACGAAGUUCUUUGUCGAAACAAUUUCUCUUAUCCUCGUUUCUGUUCGGAAAUUUCCAAAUGAGGCUAUUAAACACAAAGUCGCUUGACCUCGAGAUAUUUCCUACCAACGAGGACAUUCGCUAUGCCAUAUUGUCCCAUACUUGGCGGGAGGGGGAAGUGACCUUUGCAGACCUCCACCAACUCCAGAAGCGAACGCAAGCACGAGGAUGGGACAAGAUACGUCGAAGCUGCGAAAUAGCUUCUGAACUGGGAUUCGACUAUAUAUGGGUUGACACGUGUUGCAUUGACAAGACAAGCAGCGCGGAGCUAUCGGAAGCCAUCAACUCAAUGUUCCACUGGUACGAGAAGGCCGAAGUGUGCAUCGCCUAUCUAGAUGACUUCACCCCCGCAGCGGGUUCAGCAGUGGUAGACUCUGGUUUUGAGCAAUGCCGCUGGUUUUUCAGAGGCUGGACGCUUCAAGAACUUAUUGCUCCCCCAGAGUUGCGCUUCUACUCCAAAGAAUGGAACUUUGUCGGCACAAGGACCUCUCUCAAGGCCAUCAUUGCGAAGACCUCGCGUGUCCCCGACAUGAUGCUUGAGGCGCACGUAAAUGGCCAAAGACAAAGGCUCGACAACUUUUCGGUGGCGGAAAAGAUGAGCUGGGCCGCCAACCGCAGGACUACUCGGCCGGAGGACAUGUCCUACUGUUUGCUUGGAAUCUUCGAUAUCAACAUGCCUUUGCUUUAUGGAGAGGGUCAGGGCAAGGCUUUUAGGAGACUCCAGGAAGAUAUUAUCAAAUCCACAAACGAUGAUUCUAUUUACGCCUGGAGUUGUUCUGAUGAACAGUCAAAGAAGCAGCAUUUCUGGGGACUCUUGGCUGACACCCCAUCGGCCUUUGGACAGCACAAGGAGGGUUUCGUGGUGAAGCGAUCACGAUACCUUGCACGACGCUCAAAUCAUGCAGCCACAGUCUCCAACCGCGGUCUCAACGUGGAAUUCGCGCUGGCGCCUCUUCUAAAUGAUAAAUCAGACACCAUCUUCAUCGCCAUGCUGGACUGCGACAUGCAAAAAGAAAACUCCUCGCACGCGCUGACGCCGGCCAUCAUCCUCCAAAAGAUGUCGUGGCACAGCGAUUCCGAGUUUAUCCGCAUACGACCAGACUUCCUACUCGUGCAGCUUAUGAAUCGCAUCAUCUUGCCCACAGCCGACGACCUCGCUCAGAUGCGUGACGGCCUCCGUCUUCCGGAAGCCGUUCCGCGACAGAUAUUCGUCCCGCAUGGCCUGUCCACCCUGCGUGCUCCGCGGGGCAUCUUGUUUCAUCCCGCAGUCAAGGAGCCAUCUCACUCUCUGAAGCCCAAAGAUUCGCUUGUAGUUGACGUGCUCACGCAGCCCUCUGAAUGGCUUUAUUUUGACGAAAGAUCGCACGAUGGAAGCAUAGCAAGCCCCGGGCAAGCGAACCACGACUUCUUCGACAUACUAUCAUCGUUGCAGAGAGUGCAGUCAUAUGUGUUGAAUUUCAAACCCUUCUCGGAUCUAGGAGUUACAGAGCCCAUGCAGCCAACGAUCCUUGGGUCGUUAGAACUCGGAAUUAAACAGCAGAGCGGAUGGAACAGCUGGCAUGUGUGUUUGGUAACGGGAUUAGAGCCGCUCCCGCCAAACCCCUUUGGCACGCCAUCUCUGUAUACUGUGCCGUGGUAUGCAUUCGAGACGAAAGCCAAGGUCACAGCGGGAGAACUCGAUGCGGUGUUGGACAAGAAGACGAGGCGGGGGUGGCAUAGGCUGCUGGAUGACAUGGUACUGAGAGUCGAUUUCGAUCUCGAGAGUCGGCACUCGAGGUUGUAUUACAAUGCGGUGUUGAAGGUGGUUACGCCCUCAGAGAGAUAUGGUACAGAUUGA